AUGACAGUUUCUUUUUCACCGAUAACUGACCAACUGUUUACCUGCCCUUCAGUGAGCAUCAUUCUCUUGAGUUUGUUAAAUGGAUACAUUCAUCCCGUGUCAAGCAAUAUUGUAGAGAGUGGCGUAUGUCGACAGCUGGACUCGUGUGCAUGUCGCCUUACCAAUGGCAGUGGCAUUAUCAACUUACAAGGUGUGGCUUUCUACAAUGGAAACCCGAGAUUUGUAAUUAGUGAAAGUGAGGACAUAUCCCUAGGUGUACAAAUUUGCGUUCCGUUCCUCCUGAAGCCUGAUGUCUUUUCGGGACUCCUGGGAAAAAAAAAAAACAAAUUUGAUACAGAUGACGUGAUUGAAAAUUACUGUACUAACGCUGCUGUCUGUAAAUUUCCAACCACUGAUAUAUCUUUUAUAACAACAGUGUACCUGAUAUGCAACAAAAUUGAUCAAUUGAGCAUCAAGGAAGAAAGAAAUAAUUCUUUGAAACUUAAUCUACAAACCAUCUGUGCAUGUCCAGAUGGUUGUCAUUCAGUCAUGAAUACUUUUAGUCCAGGUACCUAUAUUGUCAUUGUGUUCACAUCAGUCAUGCUUUCCUACCUGAUAUUGGGAAUUUUAUACAAAAAAAUUGUACACUCAGCUGAAGGAAAAGAACUUAUACCUAACAGGGAAAGCUGGACAUCUUUCUUCUCUUUGGUCAAAGAUGGUUAUCUUUUUUUCAUCAGUCCAUGCCUGGGAAAUACAGUGGAAUACAGAUACUACCAAAAACUGUGA